GGCUGCUGAGGGAAGCUGCAGGUACAAACCAAUGGGAAUCCUCUCUAUUGCGUUGAGGUGCACGUCUCUUAAUGUGUCCUAAUGGUCUUUGUGGGAUUUGGUGGUGCAUGAUGAAUGAUGGAUGUGCUCAACCUGUGGAAGGAUGACCCAGUGGAGCUUCUCUUGGAGCUGGGCUUCGGCCGCGAUGAACCUGGUCUGUCCGGACGCAUUCCCGCUCGAUUCAUCAAUUAUCAGUCUCAGGCGAUAGGGAUAAGUCUCCAGGUGUUCUUGGAGGCCCAGAAGAAUCGACUGGACCUGGAGAACCCAGAUGUGAGCAAUCGUUUUAGAGAACUCGAGGUUCUCCAGAAUGUUACGACAAAAUUCUGUUCCUUGGUGGUGUCAUCAUCCUCCUCCUCUCUGAGAGCACCGGUGGAAAAGCACAUGUCUCCCGAGGCCCGGGAGAGGAGGAGACGCAUCGGCCUUCGGUUCAGACGAGCAUCAAAAAUGUCACUCGGCCAAACCGACAACCAUAAAACCCAGGAAAUAUCUAAACUUACUUUGACCUGUGAUCAAUACACUGCGCCUGAGUCACUGCCACCUCCACCCAGCCUUGGAGAAGAGAAAGUCCCCUUAGAAAGAGUCAAACCUGGACUUCUGGAGAAUGUGAGUCCUCUGGCAGACGGAAAAGGAGCUGGACUAAACCCUCAACUCCAGCCUCAUGUGGUUUCUUUCGACGGCCAAGAGAGAGCACUCAGUCCUGGGCACCUGACGGAAGGUCCCCCCCUGACAGCCAACACCUUUUUAGAGAGACAGAAGAGCCUGGAGCUGGCCAAUGAAUUGUUUGAAGUGGAAGUGGCUCUGCUAGAUCCAUUAGGAAGGAACCCUGGCAGCCAGAGAAGUGAGAUGCUGGACUCUCCCUCUUCUCGCUCCCAACAUAACUCCUCACCUCAUCCACUUUCUCCAUCUCUGAUCUCGUCUGGUGGUGAAAAAUGUCACCUUCCCUCACCCUGUCCUUUACCAGAGCCAUCAAAAUAUUACCCGCCAUGCUCGGAAAUAGAGAUACCAGCAGAUCGGGUUUUGUCCUCACCUGCUUCAUCAUCCAGAUUGGAGUACCUUGAUGUACACCACAGAACUCGCUCCCAGUCACCCACUCUGACUUCUGCUGCCUUAUGUAUCUCUGUCUCCCCUACUGCCUCCUUCAUACAAGCUGACUCUGAAGACAAGAAUGCCCCAUACCCCUACCUCUCUACUCUUCCUCAGGACUUAAAAGACAUAGCAUGCCCUACCUUCACAAGUGUCCCUCCAUCUCCAUCUCCAAAUUUUGAGUGUUCACCUUCUACCCUGAUUGCUAUGCCUUCUACGGAGUCUGACUUCUCCUUUGGGAGCCCAGGGAACACAAAGUCGGAAUGGACUGAGGUCCUGCAUGAAAACCCUCUAGCUGUGACCGGUAGCUUACAUGGUAGCUUAUCAUCUCUGCUUCUCUUUGCCCUUGACGAUUUUCAUUGUCCAUCCUAUUUUGCUUCUUCCCUUCUAACUGAAUCCUUCUCACAGAUUCCAGAAAACCAGUCAAAAGAUUCAGUUUUCUCACACUCGGAUGGAAUAGGUCUCUCUGAAGAACCUACCAAUACACAAAAGGAACAGGAGGAAACAUCCCUUUCUCUCUCCUUUCAAUUAGAAAAGGAGGACGAUAAUUCCUCACAUCCAUCCCUUUCUUUUCUGGACUCCUUUAAGUUUGAACUGUCCAAACUUUCUCGUGAGGCUUUCAUUCCAGUUUGUUUUUCUGCUCUAUCCUCACAAUCACAUCCACACACAGAUCUGAUAGAUCCAGCUCCUGUAAGAAAAUCAGACCUAACAGAGCCGUCCAUCCCCCAUCGGAGCCAAUCAUGUUCUCAUGAUGAUAACACAGACUUUAUUCCAUCCUCUACUGUCCAAGAUGUUAUUUAUGCAAAGAUGGAUCAGCUCUUGUGGGACACAGAGGGGAGCCCACAGAGAAGGAGAAGGGGGAAGACGCAUUCUGACACUGUGCAGACUCAAGAUACCGCAGAUCUGACAGAGGGUUUUCAACUAGCCUCGGAAGAAGUAUGUUACCAAACAGAAAUGGAUCCACAGGUCCUCUCUUAUAGUCUAUGUGAUGAGUUUUCAGCUGAAACCAAACAGGAAGAGUUUAGUGAAGAAAUCAAUGGAACAGAAAGGGAUUCACCAAGACGUUAUUUUGUUUUAAACAAACUUCCAGAAUUACAAAGAAGAACCGAAGUGGAACCAAAUGAUCUUCUCGAAACUGAGGACUUAGAUCUGGUAUUUGAAACCUCUGUAGACGGCUUGGAGGGUGAAAGCGUGGAUGUGGACAAAUUUUUACAGCAGCUUGAAACUGAAGGUCGGGUCUAUUGGGCGGAACCCGUUCAGGUUUGGAGUCCAACCCAUGAGCUCAACGAGUCAAGCGUCUCUGGAGCGGAAUCUCCUGAGAAUUCCUUUUGGCAUAUCGGCUCAGCUGCUCCGGAUUCAACUUCGUCCACAGUCAAAGCUUCAUCUUUACCGCCUUUAUCCUCAGCAACAACGAGCACUGACCAGAACCCAGAAAUAAAAAAACCUGCAUCCUCAGAUACACCCCCCUCCUUGGCUGUAGCUCCGCUCGUAUCCUUGCCUGCGAACUCAGACCUCAAGCUAUCAACCCGCUCAGUGUCUGUUCAGAUGUCUUCAUCUCUGUCUUCUCAUAUUGUCCAGAGGAAGGAUGUUCCUUAUGUCGAUGAAUCUAAACGCACCUCUCCUCUCCCCAGUGUUUUCCCUUUGGACACCUCCAACCCCUUUCGUGCUGUCCAGGUAUGGACAGACGUGCAAAUUCAACGAAAACUCCAGAAGUUAUCACGUCAGGCUUCUCAUACCGUCCCACGUGAGGCGACCAUAACCAUGCAGGCCUCAGAAAUGACACAAAGAUCUACACUGACCUUCUCUUCAUCUCAAUCUUUCCCUCUGAUGUCUACCGACUCUCAGUCUUUUGACAUUUCCCCUGGGGUGACUAAAGAUCAUCGGACUGUGUUAGCCUCUGUGGAUACAGCACUGUGGUCUGAUAAGGAGGAGGAGGUGGACAGGAACGGAAAUAAACAUGAGGAGAUCCUCUGGGAGGGCAAUCAGUCCUUCACCAUGGCUUGCUGCUGCUCCUGUGACGAUCACUGUACCUGCUGUACUCAGAAGACUUACCAUAAACAGCACAGUUCUUUCUCUCUGGGGGAGUUGGAGGAGAUGAUGCUGUGUCUGCAGCACUUUCACUCUGUGCACAGGAACAUGGAGGAGCAGCUGUCUGAGGACCAGGCUUCAGUUUACAGCACUCUCUCUGACCAGGACAGGGAGAAGAUGCAGGACCUCAAGGUGCUGAGACAAGCAGUGAAGCAGGAGGCUGCAGAGCUGGGGACGCAUUUGAAUCUACUUGACCAUCACUGUGGCGACAGCUUGAGAAUGAAGAUGCAAAGACUUCUGGAUGAGCAGUCUCUCUUGUGCUCGCAACUCUUUCUCCCUGGAGCCUUGCGCACACCAUCAGGCCUCGCCCCCAACAGGACGGUCUCCACUCAGUGCUCUCUGCUGCCCUGGACCUCAGCUGAUAUGCAGAGCGACCACAUCUCCUCCUGCAGCACGUGGAACGAGAACUCGCCCAGACACUCUCCCUCUGGAUCUGAGAGUAGCUGCAAGGGCCUGGGCUGUUUCUAUGAACCAAUGUAGUCAAAUGUUGAACCCACUAAUGGAAGACUGACACAGAACGCUUCAGGGAUCAUUGAGUUCAUGGGAGAGACAACAGGAUCAGGUUCAUACGCUGAGAAAAAUAUAACUAAUUACCAAAGCGUGCCAGGGCUCCUGUUUGUUUAAUAAAGUUUGUAACACGAUAAUAAGUCUUUCUAAUAAGUAUGAAUUUGGAGGUUUCGAGGGCCAGAGGUCCAAAGCAUUGAAUUAAACGGAUUGAAACAAACUUACUGGAAAAACACAAACUUAAAAAUACCAGUUUGAUUAAAAAAAAUAACUACCAGAAUGAUAGAAACCAACUUUAACUUUUUGGUUUGGUCUUUGUCCCAACUACUAACAUGAAGGAGGCAGAAUUUAUUACCUAUUCUGUUGCCAACCACAAGGUGGUGAUUGAGACACUUUGGCUUUUGGGGGGCCGGUCAUAUUGUCCAUCUUUAUAUAUACUCUAUGUUAUAAAUAAACACAACACUUUUUAUUUUGAAUAGAGCUAAAUUAUGCUAUAAUUUUUUUUUUUUUUGUUACAUGUCCGGGCAACUGUCUUUUUGGUUAAAUAUCCUA